AUGGUGGACUACUCGGAUAGAAACGUCUAUGGAAGUGGUGUGGCUUCCCUGAUAGGUGAUGGAGGGAUAUCACUGGAUGGACAGAGCGUCCAAUUACCAGACGACGGUGCAUACGACAUGCAAGAUGAUAUAUCAUCCAUCAAUGAAUCUAGUGUGUAUCGUAAUGAUCUUCCCCAAAUCAAAAUUGUAGGGACUGCCGAGGACUUGGAGGGGGGGAUUACUGACCUGGAAACACCAGCUUCCAUGGCCUUGUCAAACAAUCCUGGCGUCGAAGUCAUGGCACCCAAUCUCAAGGACAACGAUAACACCUUGUCAACUACUAUCCCCAUUUCAGUGGGCGAACUUCCGAAAAAAGCACCCAACAUGAAGAAUACCAGCAAACUGAGUGUUGACGGCAAGAAACGACGGCGUUGUCUACCCACUUGGGUAUCUGAAGCACCUAGUUGGCUCAAAUGUGUCAUUGUGGUUAGUCUCGCCCUCCUGGUGGGAGCAGUAGCUCUGGUUUCUGUAGCGUUAACCACAGCAAUAUCCGAACAAGAGGAAGCUUCCCAGAUUGCCACUGCCAGCAAUGCUGAAAAUGCAACACCGCAAAAUCCACAAGUCACUGUCCCAAUAUCGCCUGCACCCUCUACACUUAUCGUUCCAGAAUCAGACACCACAGAUCCUCCAAGUGCAAGCGAAAGCCAUGUUUCAUCGCCUACAGCAGCGCCGAUGCAAUCCACGCCAUCAGGUCAAACUGCAAGCUCCAACACGACAGCACCUACGUUUCUUCCUGAUUCAACCCCGGUGGUUGUCGUCACUUCCACUUCCACACCCACAGCACAAGCCACUCCUCUUACAACAGAUGGAGCUGCAGCAACAACAGUAACUGAUCCUUCCCCAACAGUGACUCCUGAGCUGGUAGCAGCUACAGAUGAAGGAACAACAACAGAGGAAGAACAAAUCCAAGAAGAAGACCCAUACGAUCCUCUAGUGACAACUUUCUUUGUCACGGGAGGACGAUUCACAAAUGAUGCGCUCGCAAUGGUCCCAGACCAAUUAACAACGCUCCCGACUCGAGGUGGAACUUCUUUCAUGGUCCAUCUUGGAGAUUGGAACAGCCCCUACGCAACUCGAUGCGAUAGACAAUCAUAUCAGCAUGUCAAUAACUUGUUUUCCAAUAGUUCCAUUCCAGUCUACUUUAUCCCAGGGGACAACGAUUUCAACGAUUGUCCAAACCCAGAACAAGCUUUGUCGCUCUGGCAUGAAUACCUGCAGGACUACGAAACCCAGUAUUGGGACGCGCCUUCCAAGUGGACUAUCGAACGCGAUAUCAAGAACGAUUAUCCAGAAAACUUUGCAUUCGUCUACAAUGAAAUCCUGUUUGUGGGCAUCAACCUUGUAGGAGGUGUGGUACACAAUGCCACGGAAUGGGAGACUCGACAAGCUUCCAAUCUCAUUUGGAUUGAAGAAAACUAUCAAUUGCACAAGGAUUCCAUCCAGGCAUUUGUUCUGUUUGCGCACGCGGACCCCGACGUCCCCUCGAACAGUCCCUUCUACGAACCUUUCAAGGAACGUGUCAAAAAAGAAUACAAUCAGAUACCAGUUGUUCUGAUUCACCGAAACUUGGGUGUGGAACCCUGGAGUUGGGAAACAGAGUUUGAAAACAUCAACAACUUGUCCGUGGUAGUGGUGGCUGGUUCCGUGUGGCCACCACUCAUGGGUGCUGUGGAUUUCCGCCAAAAGAAUCCGUUCAUCUUUGAUCAGAGCAAUUGGUACGACGAUUACAUUGAACAUCGGUCCUCCGCUGUUUCGUCCUCAUCCAGGAGUGGUGGACGGAUGCUACUGUAG